CGGCGACUGGAAAUAAAACUGCGUCCUGCGGGAGAAGUUGGUAGAAACAGCGAGCAUCGCGCUUUGGACUAUUCCGAAAGCCAACAUUUCGCAUUCCUGUUUUCAUAUCAGCUGCAAAGACGCGGACCGCGGACACAAAAACGGUUGCCUUUCUUCUCUAUCAUUUUUCUCUCUCUCUGUCUGCUCUCAGAUUGUAGGUGUGAGUCUGAUGCAUGUGUACCGGGUGCAUUUCAGGAGCAUGUCAAGUCAUCGCAGUAUCACGGGGCAGGGGCAGCCUGCUCAAGUCUGAGCCUGUCCCAGAAUGCACCAGCUGUUCCGUCUAGUGCUGGGACAGAGAGACCUGUCCCGUGCAGGAGACCUCUUCUCUCUGGAUGACAGCGAGAUUGAAGACUGUCUGUCCCAAGCCCUGGAGGAAAUCAAAGUCAUAUCCUGUGCCCCAGACUACUUGACCAAUGACAACGACCAAGCGGUGGUGGAGAUCUGCAUCACACGCAUCACUACAGCCAUUAGGGAAACCGGUUCGAUUGAGAAGCAUGGAGCGGCUCUUGUGUCAUUAUGGGAGUCUUGUCUCGAGCAUAACCUCCAGCCGCAGGGCAAAGAUGAAGACACACCCCAUGCCAAGAUCGCCUCUGACAUCACCAGCUGCAUCUUGCAGAAUUACAACAGGCCUCCGGUGAUGGCGUUAGCGGUCCCUGUGGCCGUGCGGUUCUUGCAGCAGGGGAACCAAGAGCUGAGCAGAAACAUGUCCAGCUACUUGUCACUGGCUGCCAUUGCUAAAGCUGAACUCCUGGCCCAACACACAGAGGCCAUCACCUGCAGCGUGCUGGGAGGUAAUGCCAUGCUGUUGAGAGUGCUGCCAUCUGUGUAUCCACGACACCCAGAGCCCAUCCAUCACCGCAUCCGUGAGCUGACGGCGAUGAUGUCCCAUUUGGACCAGGCUGGCAGACAGCACCUGCUCAGACUACUGCAGAUGAUCUCUGACCUUCACCCCCUGGUAUUGUCGUCUUUGGUGCCAUUGUUGAUUGGUUACAUCAGUGACAGUGAUCUCAGUGACACUGCCUUGGGUGUGUUGGUGAACGUGGCUCAGGCAAGCCCUGCCUCUCUCAUUCCUUUCCUGUCCACGCUAAGAAAUGUGGGUCAGAAGAACCCUUGGUUGCUGGGACACAUCGCUAAGAUCCAUGGGGCAGUGGGUCUGACUAGUGAGGUCCAGGCUCGCGGGGCACUGCAGUAUCUGGUGUCUCUGUUAGCGAGUAUGGAGCACAGUGCCCAUCACACGCUACUGCUGGAAAUCCGCUGUCUGACGGAUCGCUACGCCAACAUCCUGGGCGGCGGAGGAAAAGACAUCUACCGCAUGAGCAACAGUUUCACUGCCAUCGCUCGACUGCUGGGACGCAAGCUGGAGGCUGACAGUACACUUAGCAGAGAGGAGGAGAAGGUGCAGGAUUUGUCGAGGCCAUGUGAAGCCGAGUCUAGUUCUGAAAUGUUUGCUGAGAACCAGCGUCUGCAGGUGAAAAUCCAGGCUUUUGAGCAGAAGAUGGGCGAUGAGGUGGAGGAAUUAGAAGAAGAGGGUGCUUCUCCUGGUCCUCAGAGACGCCACAGUCUGGGUCAGGCAGCGCGAGACGAGCGCAGAGAGAUGAGGUUCAACAGGUCAAAGAGUCUGGCUCUUCACGCUCUACGCACACGAUCCAUUAACUCUGACAGCGGUCCAGAGGGAGAAGGGGUGGAUCUGAGCGCAGAACCUGAUGACUGUGAGGCCGGUCCCAGCCCAGAGACCGGUCCUCCCCUCACAACCCUGCAGGAGAACCACAAACUCACAGAGACGCAACCUGACACAUCUCCAAACAGUGAAGGGCAAAAGGUGGCGGCUGGAGACCCCCGGGAGGGAGACCGACUCUGGAUCCACCUAAGAGACAACAUGGAAGAAAUCAAAACCUUCUGUGCGGAAAUGAUCAAACAAAUCCCCGUACCUGAGCAAUGUGUCAUUGAAGACUCUCAUCGUGGCUGUGUAGCUAAGCUGUCGUUCUCCUGUCCACUGAAAGGACACUACUGCCUGUACGGGAAGUCCUGUUUCUCACUGUGUAGCCGCCAACCACACCUCUGGAUCCAAAUCAUGCUACUGGCACUGCAGAGUAAAGUGAGCGAGGCGUUGUGCUGUCAGGAUAAGUGUGUUAAGCAGCUGAGGAAGCUUUGGGAGAAAACACAGCUGACGGGAGCUCACAGCUUCGAGCUGGCCAUGACCCAGACAACUGUUCCUCACAAGAAGGAUGUGGACAGCUUGCAGAUGUAUCUGGAGGAGGUUCGUUUUUUUGACCUGUUCAGCUACAGUGAAGAGGAGGGUGGCUGGCUUUGUUUCAUGUGCAGUAACCCAGAGAAAGCCACAGUUGUUAACCAGGAUGGCCAGCCACUCAUUGAGGGAAAGCUGAAAGAGAAACAAGUGCGCUGGAAGUUCAUCAAAAGGUGGAAAACACGUUAUUUCACCCUUGCUGGCAACCAGCUUCUCUUCCGAAGAGGAAAAUCAAAGGACGAACUGGACAACAGCACAAUUGAACUCAGCAAAGUGCAAAGCGUCAAGGUGGUUGCAAAGAAGAGGCGUGACCGCGGGCUGCCCAGAGCCUUCGAGAUCUUCACCGAUAGCAAAACCUACGUGCUGAAAGCUCAAGACGAGAAGCACGCAGAAGAGUGGCUGCAGUGCAUCAACGUGGCCGUGGCCCAGGCCAAAGAACGUGAGAACCGUGAGGCCACCACAUACCUGUGAUGCUCGUUCUGCUGAGGUGUGGGUAUGUGUUAUUGGCACGUUAUCUCAUUAUGACAACUGAUCUACGUCAAAGACAAAGGCCCUGUCUCAAAUGCCACCUUGCAGUUAUCCUUCACCUAAAUUCACCUAAAGACUGUCAGUUGGUAGUUUGUAUGGUGAGCUUGGCAAAGGGCAUCAAAGGCACAUUGUAGCCAAAAAGGAAAACCCUUCAGAAUCAUGAAAUGAUCAAUGGGACAUCCUGCAGACUUAUGGCCUUCUCAGAUGUGUUUGGAAAGGGCACCAGGCCACAAGUCAACAUCAAGUGCGUCAUUUGGGACAUGACCAAAGAAAAGAGUGACGUACAAUGAGGCUGAACAACAUUGAGCUGUGCCUGUUUUACACCUCACACUGACGGUCGUUGUGGGGGUCAUAUUUCAAUGUUCUGAUUCAUUUCAUCUUUGUCUACCAGAAAAAUAUAGAGGAGUUACUCCGCUAUCACGUACAAUUAGGCCUGUCAUGGUUAACAUGUUAACACAUGCAGUAAAUAAGUUUAACACUUAAAUAUUUAAACCAAUGCCACAUUUAUUUAAUUAAAUAUUAUAUACUUACUGACUUACUGUCUCAUUCUAUUUUGUGAUUUCGCUUCUUGUUUUUUUGUGCAAAUGAGAUGAGUAACAUUUAUGAUAUAAGCAAAAUAUAUAGAUUUAUGAACCUAAUAAUUAAAUAGUCUUCUGAUUUUAUUUUCUUUCCUUUAAAAUUAACCGAGUGUGUUAGCAUGUUAACAAUAGAGAUUAAAAUGUUUAAUCCAGGAAUUCCCAAACUUUUUUUUUGUUAACCAAAGUCCUUCGAUGUAAUAUUACUUGUAUUUACAUGAACUACACCCUGAGAUUUUAAAUUAAUAUUUAAUAAUAUUUUAAUAACGCAUUUACAUGUUCACUGUUUUCUGCUAAAAAUAUUACUUCUAAUAAAAAAUAACAAAAAAAUGUAUUAGUAGUAGUAGUAUAUUUUAAAUAAUAAAAAUAGACAGAAACAUAGUUAACACUUUACAAUUAGUUAACUACAUUAAUUAACAUGGACUAAGAAUGAACAAUACUUCUACAGCAUUUAUUAAUCUUAGUUAAUUUCAGCAUUUACUGAUGCAUUAUUAAAAUCACAAUUUGUGUUGGUUAAUGAGAGACUAAUCCAGUGUGAACUAACACAAACAAACAAUGAACAACUGUAUUUUUAUUAACUAACAUUAACAAAUAUUAAUAGCGUAAUAAAUGUAUUGUUCAUUGUUCGUUCAUGUUAGUUAAUACAUUAACUAAUGUUAACAAAUGACACCGCAGUGUUGGGUAAGUUACUCCAAAAAAGUAAUCUACUACAAAUUACUAAUUACUUCUUUAAAAUUGUAAUUUGAUUACAUUACUGAUUACUGCAUUUAAAGACUAAUCAGAUUACUAAUUACUUUACUUUUAAGUUGGUUUACUUUUCUUUUCAAGUUAUUAAACCCAAAAAAUACACAACAAAGAGAAACUCAUAGUUGUUUCAUUAAUUUAAUAUUGACUGAAAAAUUACAUAAGUAUCAUUUGUAUACACUCCCAAUAUCAACAA